AUGAAUUGCAGUUUUAAAGGUACUUGUACAGAUACAGUCAAUUUUUAUACAAGAAGUAAAUGUCGAAGACAAGAAGUAAAUGUAGCAGAUGCAAUGGAAUUAUCAUGUUGCAAUCAAAGAAAUGAAAUCUUUUUGUUCUUGGUCGAUAUUUUCAUCACUGAAGAAAAAGAGGACGAUAUAGGAAGAUUGAAAGCAGCACGCAAUAUUGAAUCGGCAAUCACUAUAUCAUCAAUUUGUGGUCACAUUGAAUAUGUCAAGUAUCUUGUAUCAACAUUCAACAUUACUACUCUUGGAAAGUGGUAUCCACAAGUAUUGGUAUAUCAAUCGACCCAUGGAGAACCAGACAAUUUCCAAUUAGUUGGAGCUUCUGAAAAGAUAAAGAAUAACCUAAACCCAACCUUUAAGACCCCUGUCAAGGUUGACUACUACUUUGAAGCUUUGCAACCAUUACAAUUUGUCGUUGUCAAUGUCGAUGGUCCAACCAAGACAUCCUACAAAGAUCUAGCCAAACACGAUAUCAUUGGUAGCUGUAUCAUCACACUCAGUGAAAUCGUAUCAGUACCAGGUCGAAGAGUAGAAAGAAACUUAAAUACACCAGCCGGUAGCUUCAGUGGAAUGAUUGACAUCAAAGCUGAAUUCUUCCAAAGAACUGGUCAAAAGGUUCUUUUCCAAAUUGCUUGUAGACAUUUGGACAAGAAAGAUUUAUUUGGAAAGAGUGAUCCAUACUUUAAGAUAUUUAGAAAGAAUGAAGAUGAUGUAACAUGGACAGAGUUUUAUCAAUCCAAGGUAAUCAUGAAUGAAUUGAAUCCGAUAUUCGAAGCAAACAAGUUUCCAAUAGAUGUUGUAUGUGGAGGUAAUCUAGAUCGACCAAUCAAAUUUGAAUUCUUUGAUUGGGAUAAACGAUCAGCUCAUGAUUUAAUUGGUAUUUUCGAGACUACUUUAAGACAAUUACAAGAGAGUGAUAUUAGAACUAUGGAAAUACCAAUUGUCAAUGUAAAAAAAGAUUGUAAAUCGGGAUACAAGAAUAGUGGUAUUUGUUACUUUAAGAGUUUCUAUAUCAAGGCUGCCUACCCCUACUCCAUAUUAGAUUUCAUUGCUGGUGGUACAGAGAUUGGUUUGAUGGUUGCUAUUGAUUGCACAGUCUCUAAUGGACCACUACAUAAUAUUGGUGAGACCUUGAAUCAAUAUGAACAGUCUAUAUUGGGUAUUGGACGUGUUUUGGAGCCUUAUGACACUGAUCGUAUGAUUCCAGUCUAUGGGUAUGGUGGUAGUAUCAACGGUGUCACCUCACAUUGUUUCCCAUUCGAUGUGAUUGGUGGUAGAGAGGAGGCUGCUGGUAUCUACGACGUCCAAAGAAUUUAUCGCCAAAAUAUGUCAGCUAUCGGUCUGUCUUCACCAACCAAUAUGGAACAAAUCCUUAAAAAGGCAGUUACUGCUGCUGAAGCAGGUAAAAUAUCACCUACUCCAAAAUACACCAUUCUUUUGAUUAUCACCGACGGUGAUAUUUGUGACUUGACCCAAACUAAAAUUCAAAUUGUAAAAGGUUCCAAAUUACCAUUAUCCAUUGUCAUUGUCGGUGUUGGUAGUUCUGCAUUCUUUUCAAUGAAUGAGCUUGAUGGUGACAUGAAUUCAUUAAAGGGAGCGGUCAGAGACAUUGUCCAAUUUGUGCCAUUUGCUGAAGUCUGCAAGAAUGGAGAUAUUGCCAAGGAAACAUUAAAGGAGAUUCCAAAGCAAUUCAUUCGUUACUUUAAGAAAAAUCACAUCACUCCACCCCCACCAAGACCUUACAUUGCUCCACCCUAUACGCAACCCAUUCUAUACCCACAAUAA